AGCGUUUCCAUAGAGAGAAAAAAUAUCACAGCCCUCUUAAUAACAAUAAAAGAAAAGCGAGGGUGCCGAAGUUCAGGGGAACGCGCCUGAUGCCUCUUUCCUCGGAGUGAGAACGCAGCAACCCCUUCCCAUCCCGACCAACGAGGACUACCAGGCCACCACAAUGCCCCACACCAGGCUGCUGCUCCUCCUCACCCUCCUCUGCGCCGCCGAGACCGGCCAGGCUCUCCACCUCUACAAUGCCGCCUCCAUCUUCAGCUGCCUCAACACGGCCCUCGCUGAAGCCCGGAAGAGUCACCUGGAGGAAAACGCCGUCUUGGACAAGCGCGGCUUCGACUCCCCAUCACCGGAGGAGGCAUCUGAUGAGGAAGAGGGAGAGGACGCGAUGGACGAAGAGAUGGGGAAAAGGACGUUCCCGGGGGAAGGCCAUUACAAAUAUGUGUCCCAGGCACAGGUGAAAGGGAAGACGUACCAAAACCGGGCCAAGAGCGACCGCCGCACCAAGGUCACCCUCUCCCUCGACGUCCCCACCAACAUCAUGAACAUCCUCUUCAACAUCGCCAAAGCCAAGAACUUGCGGGCAAAGGCCGCCGCCAACGCGCACCUCAUGGCCCAAAUUGGGCGGCGGAAGUGACCACCCCCCCCCCGUGGGGCAGGGGGGACUCGGAGCAGGGUUGGCUGCGUGGGGCCACCACCAGGCCCCAGCCUGCUGGCCAGAGGGGACUGACAGCCAUGUAUGAUAUUGGUGUUGUAUAUUUUUGACCCAUAGAGCUACCUAACUUUCAUAUCUCUUCUUCCUCCUUCUCUCCUUCCUGGUCACCUCCAGCCCCCCCCCCACCUCCUGACAUUUCCACGUACGGGGAAGAGGCUCGUGUCUGCAGAAGGGCAAAGGAGGCAUGAUGCCUCAGAAAGGUCCCUAAUUAAAGUUAUGAUCUCUUGAGUUUCCAA